AUGAUUCUUCACCGAAAUUUCAAUAUUAUUAUUAUUUUAAGUAUUAUCUUUUCAUUUAGUUAUGGCUUUGAACAAAAUUAUGAAGUUGUUCAUCAAAAAAGGGUAUUAACAGAAGGACAAAAAAUAGCAUUAAGAAAUAGACAAUUUGUAAUUAAUUAUUAUAAAAAUUUAGCAAAAGAACAAAUGAAGAAAAGAAAAAUUAUUAAAUAUGAUUCACCGUCAUAUGAUGAUAUUGCUGAUAAACAAAGAAAUGAAUUAAGUAAUAUUUAUAAUGAAAUUCUUCAAAAGAAAUUAAGAGAAAAAGCAAGAAUAGAAGUUAUGAAAGAAAUAAAAGCAAAAGAAACAAAAACAGAACAAGAAUUAUUUGAGAAGUUUAAAGAAGAAGAACGUCAAAAAAUUCUCAAAAAUAAACAAAAAAGACUUCAAAUAGAACUUAUGAAAAGAAAAGAAGAAGAAAAAAAAUUAAGAAUUAAAAAAGAACGUCAAAGAAAGGAACAAGAAUUACAACGUUUAGAACAAGAAAGAAAUUUAAUGUUUAAAAAUCAACUUAGAAGAAUGUUACUAAAAAGAAAGAAAGAUUAUGAUAAAUACUCUCGUGAAGCAGAAAAAAGAAAAGAAAUAGAAAAAAAUCAAAGAAUCAAAGCUGCUCAUGAAAGAAAAGAAUUUGAAAGAAAACGUUUUGCAGAAAUGCAAAAAAUUCAAUUAGAAUCUCAAAACCAAGAAGAUUCAAAAAAAAAUAGAAAUGAAUUACAAAAAGAAUUAUCUAAAUUUAAAGAUAUGCUAAAGGGACGUAUUUAG